AUGUUCGGAGGUUGUAUGAACCAGCCAUGUGGACAACUAGACUUCCCUAGUGUGACCUUCAUGAUUGCCAUAGAGACCGCCAAGAAGACGGCUGAGCCGCCCAAAACAGGGGCCGCUGGCAAGACAAAGGAAAAAGCAUUGUCCGCCAAGAAGGCUGUUUUAAAGGGAGUGCAUCAAAAGCGGCAGAGGAAAGUCAGAACGACUGAGAAGUUUAGGCGGCCCAAGACGCUGCGACUCCCUCGUUCUCCAAAAUACCCACGCAAAAGUAUCCCAAGGAGACCAAGGCUUGACCAGUACAGGAUUGUGAAAUUCCCUUUGACCACUGAAUCAGCCAUGAAAAAAAUUGAGGACAACAACACUUUGGUAUUUAUUGUUGACAAGAGAGCCAACAAACCACAGAUCAAAUACGCUGUCAAAAAACUGUACGAUAUUGAUGUGGCCAAAGUCAACACUCUGAUCAGACCUGACGGUGAGAAGAAGGCUUAUGUGAGGCUGGGUCCCAACUAUGAUGCGCUGGACACAGCAAACAAGAUCGGCAUUAUCUAAACCAGGAAUCGCUUUGUCCAAAUAUGGGGAUGUUUCACUAUUAGUGUCCUGCUUACACAAUAAAUUUCCCAAAAGGUCUUUAGAA